GGCGAGGAGCCAAAAACUCCCAGAAAAACGUGGACCUCUGGAAAAUGUUAGUAAAAUGGAGUUGCUGGAACGUGGCCAAACACCCGAACGUAUUGAAUUUGAAAAUACUGAUGCCAUAUCAGAUGGUGGUGAACCCUCCGAAGAGCAUAUUAUCGAUGAACAUGAAUGGUCGGGACGUAAUUUCUUACCCGAAUCGAAUAAUGAUUCUGAAUCAGAUUUAACAAGUUCCGAUGAAUCGGAUACGGAGUCAGAUGAUGAUAUGUAUGAAGAGGCCAAUGAAUCGCCAUUGGGGGCACAAACUUUGCAGCUGGCAUCCGAAUGGAUUGGGAAACAAAAUUACAGCGAUAGUGAUGAUUCGGAUGAUUUUUAUGAUUCAAGUGAAGGAUUGGCGGAUGAUGGCAAAGAUGACACUGAGGGUGAAGAAUUUGCCAAGGCCCGUGAGUUGAGACGCGAGGAAGUGCGAUUACCUCCGCUGCCUCCAAAUUUGCCAACCGACACCGAAACUGAGGUCCAAAGUGAUACGGAAACCUCCACAUCCGAUGAGCUAGAACAUAAUUCAGCGACUGAAAUUUCCACCGAUUCGGAAUUUGAUAACGAUGAGUUGAUACGCAGUGCACCCAAGAUAUUCAUUGAUGAUACCCAUUUGAGGAAGCCCACUAAAGUUCAGGUCAAAUCAACGGUUAUACCGCCAAAUACAAUACAAAAAUAUAAUAGCGGUUCGAAUAUACCACAAUAUGGUGGUAGAGGUGGUAUGGGUUCAGCGACUGGCAUUGGCACUAGCGGUCCCUAUUUGGCUAAAUAUCAAACACCCCAACAACAACAGCAGCAGCUGCAACAACAAAAUACUCCACAAAUACCUCAAUUCAAACCAUUGGUACAAGUCGACCCUUCACUGCUAAGCAGCAAUCGAACACCGCUACAAAACCCCAGACCUGGAGAUUAUUUACUUAACAAAACUGCCAGUACCGAGGGUAUUGCCUCAAAGAAAAGUCUGGAAUUAAAGAAACGCUAUCUGCUCGGUGAACCUGCCAAUGGUAAUAAAAUACAAAAAUCUGGCUCCACUUCUGUACUGGAUUCCCGCAUACGCAGUUUCCAAUCGAAUAUAUCGGAAUGUCAGAAGUUACUCAAUCCCAGCAAUGAAAUAAGUCCAAGUAUGAAAACUUUCUUGGAUCGCACCAAGUUGGGGGAGAAACCACAAAAUGAGGCACUGAUGCGUUCCGCAACCAAUAACAUUUUAAAUGAUUUGAAAGUGGAAAUCACCAUACAGAAGGCCUCCUCGACAGCGUCGACGGACAAUGAAAAGGAAAAUGUCUAUGUGAAUAAUAAAAAUGAACUGAAUAAAUGUAUGGAAUAUACGGAGACGGUGAAUGCUGCACUAUUGGAUACCAUGGCGGGAAAGAAGACCCCUGCUUCGCCCAAUACCACACCCACCAAUAAUAAAAGCAUUUUGGAAACAAUCGAUUUGACAACACCCGAAAAACAAGUGGAACGUGAUAAAUCGGAUAGUAAUAAGGUUAUAGAUUUGACGGGCGACUCACCAGAACAGAAAUCGAAUCGCACCAUUUUGGAAGAAAAUGAAAUAAAACCUCCGGAUGUUUCGAAAGAUGUUAAACAAGUCAUACCCGACAUUUUGGGUCACAUAGGCGAACGGAUAAGUCCCACAUCCACAAAUAUGGGUGACAAGACACCCACCCAACAAGAUGACCAUAGCAUGGAAAAGGAGGAUGUCCCUGAGAAGGAGAUAUUGCUGCAGCAGGAGGAGGACAACGAAGUUGAAGAUGUCCAAAUUGAGGUGCCCAAUAUCGAAUGGAAUACCCAUAAGGAGGAAGAUAAUCUUUCAUGCUCCUCCAGUAACUCAUCGUGUUCUUCACACUCCUCCAGCCUGGAAGAUAUUGAACAUUUCAUUUUGGAAUCUACCACAAGUCCUGAAACCCAUAACAGUGCUAUUGCCAUGGUUUCCACGGGCUCGGGUGGUGCUAAUCAUCAGGUGCCACGUUUGGAGGUCCAUGACACUUCGGGUACGCUAAUGCAAAUUGACAGCCUUAUGAUUAUUGAUGGUAAAUAUAUUGGUGAUCCGGAGGAUCUCAAAUAUAUGGAAUUACCCGAAGGUGUAACCUUACCCGAAGAGGCUGCCGUCAAGACCAUCGAAUUGGAGCCAGAAGAUGAAAAGGAACAUGAAGUGGAAACGGAACAUGAACCAGUCACCGCCACCCCAGAACCAGUGGAGACCACAGUCAUAGAAGUGGGAGGAAAAACUAAGCAAUUAGAAGAAACUGAAUCAGAAGCCGAAGCAAUACCACCACCACUGCCUGAAACCGGACCACCCCUACCAGAAAAAGGUCCACCCAAAGUCAAGCCCUCCAUGUUGAAAUUUGAUAGUAAAAAUGAAAAUAAAAUCGAAAGUUUAAAAAAUCUACCAUUGAUAUUGGAUUCGGGUACCGUUGACCCGGUUAAGGCCAUAAAACCAAUAUCCCUUAAUUUGUCCAACGCACAAAAGUCCAUAGAAUCACCGGUGGGAUCACCCCUUAUCGAUAUGGAUAAAACUCCAACGGGUGAUUUAUUAUCACGGGGAUCCGAUUCCGAGACAGAACCCACAGGGACAGCACAAAUUUUAACUGAAACGGAGCUAUCCGAUUGGACCGCGGAUGAUUGUAUAUCGGAGAAUUUUGUUGAAUUGGAUUAUGAUCGAUCUUCGAGAAGGAAUAAAAGUGAUAAAAAAUCGAAACGUAAGGGUAACGCGGUGGAAUCCUCCCGUUUGCCCAGUACCAAUGAGGUUAUGCAAGAAUUGGCCAAGGCUGUGGCACCUGUUGCAGAAUUUGAGGGCAUAUUGAAAUCCAUUGAUUUGGAUGAUAUUGAAUUUAUGGAUACGGGAUCGGAAGAUGAAAGUUCGGGUACCGAGGCUCACUCGGCAACUAAUACCGCAUUGCUGCGUAAUCGUGGUUAUAUGGAAUUUGUGGAUCAGCAGCAACAAGAGACAACACCCAAACAUGUGGCUGCCAAGCAACCUUUGGAUAUUUCUAAGCCGAUUUCGGUGAAGCGUGAUGAACGUUUGGGUGUCGAUUACAUAGAGCAGGGUGCCUACAUCAUGCAUCAUGAGGAUGCCAAUAAGACACCCGUCAAUGAGACAAGUAAAAAUGUAAUGACUCAGUCACUGACCGAUUCAAGUACCUUCAAUGAUCUGGAAGAUGAUAGUGGCCAUUCGCAGAUCCAAUUAUCCACUACAACAACAACAUCGGCUUCAUCGAGACAGGGUAACAAGUCGGCAAAUAUAAAUAAUUUCACAACCCCAACAACCACCACCGAGGAAAGUGAGGCCCUCACGGUGGUAUCUAGUCCCUUGGAUUCUUCACCGCAUACCAGAAAUUCCACAAAUAGCCAUAGGCGUGAUUAUGUGGGUGGUGGUGAUAGUGGAGGUGGGGGUGGUAGUGGUUCAACACCCAGCAGCACAGAUCGUGCCCCAAAAUCCUCACAAUCCACAUCGGGUACGAAUUCAGCCACCACCUCAAGUAAAAAUACCACACCACCCAGACAAUUAUCGAAAGAUAGUCCCAGUUUGGGUCCUCUAGCCCCCGGUGAUCGUAGAUCCCAUGAUGAACUUUCCUAUGAGGAAUAUGUGCGAGCUUUGCAGCAAAAAAUUGUGCAGAUUAGCAGCACGGCAAGAGGAGAUUCAUUGGAGGCCAAAAAGCAAAGGCGAAAAUCCUCUAAGGGUGAGAUGAGCCUUAAUCAAAUAUCUGUGAUAGAUAACAAUACCACGACAACAACAACACCAAGUAAUUUAAGAUUUGAUAGCAAUAACACCACCACAACCCACACCAGUGACGAGCAAAAAACAACGACAACAACAGAUAAUACGCAUGCCGGAUCCACACAACAAACUGCACAGAAAAAAGUACCUGAAAUUCCGACGCUCACAAGUAAGCUGGAGGAAAUUACCAAAGAACGCACCAAGCAAAAGGAUCUAAUACACGAUUUAGUCAUGGACAAGCUGCAGUCCAAGAAGCAACUGAAUGCCGAAAAACGUUUGCAUCGCAGUCGCCAACGUAGCAUUAUGACCAGUGGCCUGGGAGGCGGAGCAGGUGGUUGUGGUUAUUCAAGUGGUUCUAGUCUAAGUCCAACACCCAAAUUGGCAGCAGCAAAUUCCACCACAGACACCAACUGUACCAAUCAGGCCCAUUAUCAUGUCUCCACAGCCAGCCAAAAUCCCACAUCACCUUCAGCCCGUACGGCGGCAGCUACACAACGUUUCCUAAAUAAUAGCUCCAGUUUUAAGGAAAAUAAUCCGCUGGAAACAACAACAAGUUAUGUGUCACCUUAUAGUAGUGGUAUUGGUGGUGGUGGUCUGGAGCCUCUUUCACCCAUACGUUCCGCAGGCUAUAAAAUCCCCAGACCUUUCAGUGAACAUUUGGAGGAUGAACGUUUAAAGAAUUUGGAACAGCGUUAUAAAAUCAAUAAGACACCAUCGUUUUCAUAUGUAAGCGCACAAAAAUCAACAACCACAACAACGCCCCCACAGCCAAUGGGUAGUUCCACGCCCAUACCACCAUUAAGGCAAAAUCGUGGAAGGCAACAGGGUAACAACAAUAACAACAACACCAAUAAUAAUAAUGUAGAGGGUAAAGAUGCCAAUAUUACUACCUCCACGGAAAAUCUACGCAGUGAGGCCAGGGCAAGGGCUCGCCUCAAAUCCAAUUCCGAAUUGGGCUUGAGUCCUGAGGAAAAAAUGCAAUUGCUAAGGAAAAGGAUCCAGAAUGAAUACAGCAGCAGCGGGGCUAAUAAACAAACAACCAAUCCCCAGGGUUAUGAACGCCCAACCAGCUUACGUGACUCCAAAAUGAAUACCUCCAAGAGUGUUAAUGAUUUGGCCUAUCAAAUGAGUAUUAGUGGUGGUGCCGCACAAUUGUCGGACAAUUUAAAAUCGCAUGUUAAAAAUGAUUUCACCUCAGAUCCCAAUAUUCUGCUAUCAACCAAGCAGCAACAGCUGCAACAACAACAACAACAGGAAAAACCAACUAAAAAAUUGAAUCGUCGAGCCAAAGAUCCCGAACGUCGCAAAUCUUUGAUACAAUCGCUAAGCAAUUUCUUUCACAUGGGCCAGCAUGCCAAUAAAGAAAAUAAAACUCAACACAAUACCGGCGCCGCCAGUGAUGUCAACUCUGCCCAAGCAGAGCAAACAGGUACUGGUGGUGUUGGUAGUGGCAGCAAUAAUAGUACUCCAACAACCACCACAUCUUCGACGCCCUCAUCGGGUAUUGAUGGUGUUCUAAGUCGUUUCCGUAUAUCACCAAAAUCCAAAGAGAAAUCUAGGGAUAAGGAUAAAGAUGAUUACAGCUGCUAUACGGACAGUCCCACUCGACGUUUGCGUACAUCAUCCAUGUCAAUGGCAGCCUUAGCAUGCUAUGAUUGUCCCAGACAACAGCAGCAACAACACCAUUAUCAUCAUCAACAUUCAUCGUCUCAAGAUGCUUUGACUCGUUCACAUUUUACAACUGCAGAAACACCCACCCAUCACUACAGUCACAAUCAGCUGAAUAAUUUGAACAGCAGCAGUCCGCAAAAAGCCAAAAUCACAACUAGCAAUAAUUGUUUACACCUACAACGCCUACAUCACAGUGGCCCGCAACAACUACAACAGCAGCGCAAUAAAGAACUGCGUUCAUCCGGAUCACAUUCGCAUCACAUCACAACUAGUCCUCCAGCCAAGAAAUCAUCAUCGUCAUCGGCACUGGCCUUCACUUCGUCCAAUCCACAAUUGUGCGUUCACAAAUCCCAGUCAAUGACAAAUGCUUCUUCACAUAAUGCAGCGGCUGCUUCCCGCACAUCUCCCAAUGCAUAUGAUGAUGAUCAAAUACCACCACCAAUACCGCCGUUGCCAUUGAAUUAUCAAAGAUCGGAUGACGAAAGCUAUACUAAUGAAACCCGUGACCAAAAGAAACAGCGUGCAAUAUCCAAGGCUGUACGUCAAGCUGAGCUUAAGCGAUUAAGAAUCGCUCAGGAAAUUCAGCGUGAACAGGAAGAAAUUGAAGUGCAAUUAAAAGAACUAGAGACACGCGGUGUACUUAUCGAAAAAGCUUUGCGGGGUGAAGAACAAACUGUAGAGAAUUUGGAACCUGGCAAUAACAUUGGCAGUAAUGAUGAAAAAUUACUUAAAGAAUUAUUGGAGAUAUGGCGUAAUAUAACACAACUGAAAAAACGCGAUGAAGAACUUGGCAUACGUCAACAGGAGCUGCAAUUGGAACACCGACAUGCCCAGCUAAAGGAAGAACUUAAUAUGCGUUUGUCGUGUAACAAACUCGAUAAAAGUUCAGCAGAUGUUGCUGCCGAGGGAGCCAUAUUAAAUGAAAUGUUGGAAAUUGUUGCCAAACGUGCCGCCUUGCGGCCAUCCUCCUCAACACAUGAUUUAGCCGUUACCACGGAUCUAUUGAGAGGUGCAAGUUCCAGUGGUGGUGGUGUUGGUGAUAUGGCAUCUGGUAGUGGCAGUAGUAAAAUACAAUUAAGUACAUCGUCACGAGGACAAUCGAAUGAUAAUGAAGAAUCAAAUAUUUGA